CUGUCUCCUCAAUUCGAUGCAGUUCCCUGCUCUACCCCCAUCUGUCCCCAACGCCCCAUCCACAAUGGCCGCUAUGCCAUCCCGAAUCUCGUCUGUCGCUUGUCCUUUUCCCUCAUGUUCGUCCGCUUCCCUGUCAAUUUCAUGCCCUGCUGGGCCAUGGCCUGCUCUCCUCUUCCGCCCCGUCGGUCGCUUGUCGCCGUAUUAGCGACACCCGCGUCUCGUCAACAUAUCGCGCAUCACGAUAGACCUCCCAAGUCGAGUUAGCCGGUCCCUCGCUACUCCAUACGGUGUACGAAUUCCCCAAGCAUUGCCCAGCAGCCUGGAUUGCCCCCUCCCUCUUGAAUGUUAACCAAUUCAUCAUCAUGUCCGAUUUCCCGCGUCAAUCCGUUCCGAAUCUCUACCCAGACGCAGCAGGCCACGAAUCUUCAGCCGGGACUGAGACAGGCCCAAGUCCUGGUCCAUGUCGAUAAGCCCCAGACAAUGCCCCUCCCCCUCCCCAGAAUCUCCUCACCUACGGAUACGGAUACACGCUCAUACGCUUCACCCGCGUCUUCCCAACCAAGUCGGAUUCCAGCUCGCCCAGCCAGGCAGAGGGCUCAACUCUCAAGUCUCAAGACCUUUCCCGCCGCCCCCCUGAAUUGCCGCUCGAUCCCAACGGCUGUCACCCGAUUCUCCCUUGCUUCCAGCCAAUGUAGCCCAACCUUCAAGUUUCACAGCGUGUGCAGAUCUGUUAAAUCACUCACCUUCACUGCUACAAGAUUCCCCAUACCUUUCCUUCCAAGCUCUAUUCUCUAUCCGUAGACCGGGUCUGGAUGCCUCGUCGUCGACCUGUUUAGGCCGUUCAAUUUAUCCU